GGGGACAUUACUCUGUAUGUACAGGGACAAGUGAAAGAUGAAGCUGUACUGUUUAUCUGGACAUCCCACGCUUCCAUGCAAUAUCCUCAAGUUCAAAUCCACCACAAUCAUGUUGGACUGUGGUCUAGAUAUGACGUCAACCCUCAACUUUCUUCCUCUGCCACUGGUCCACAGCACUCGGUUGUCCAAACUCCCUGGCUGGGUCACCAAAGAUGGAAGUAGCCAGUUUGAAAAGGAGCUGAAGGAAUGCUCUGGGCGAGUAUUUGUAGAUUCUGUGCCAGAAUUCUGUUUGCCAGAGUGUAUAGAAAGGCACCUAAUUACUAUACAUUUAACCCUCUCUAGAAUGUUGCCUGCACCACUUAAGGAAGCUAUUGACGUUUUCUCGUGGAGGAAGUGUUAUACCAUGCAGGAAGUCAAUGCUGCUCUCAGCAAGAUCCAGCUGGUGGGAUAUUCUCAAAAAAUAGAGCUGUUUGGUGCGGUGCAGAUCACCCCUCUGAGCUCCGGUUAUGCUCUAGGAAGCUCCAAUUGGAUCAUUCAGUCUCAUUAUGAGAAGGUUUCAUAUGUGUCCGGUUCCUCCCUCCUAACUACUCACCCACAGGCAAUGGAUCAAACCUCUCUAAAGAACAGUGAUGUCCUGAUUCUUACUGGUCUCACCCAGAUGCCCACAGCUAACCCAGACGGUAUGGUUGGAGAAUUUUGUAGUAACCUUGGGAUGACGAUACGUAAUGGAGGAAAUGUACUAGUGCCAUGUUAUCCAUCCGGUGUAAUCUACGAUCUCUUAGAGUGUUUGUAUCAGUAUAUUGAUUCUGCAGGCCUGUCCAACGUGCCCUUCUAUUUCAUCUCCCCCGUUGCCAAUAGCUCACUCGAGUUUUCACAGAUCUUUGCAGAGUGGCUGUGUCAGAACAAGCAGACAAAGGUGUAUCUUCCGGAGCCUCCUUUUCCUCAUUCUGAGUUAAUACAAACAAACAAACUGAAACAUUAUCCCAGCAUACAUGGUAAUUUCAGCAAUGACUUCAAACAGCCGUGCGUGGUGUUCACGGGACAUCCCACCCUACGAUUUGGGGAUGUGGUUCACUUUAUGGAUUUGUGGGGGAAGUCCAGCCUGAACACAGUCAUAUUUACUGAACCCGAUUUCUCUUAUCUGGAUGCUCUGGCCCCAUACCAGCCGCUGGCUAUGAAAUGUGUCUACUGUCCCAUCGAUACAAGGCUGAAUUUCAUUCAAGUGUCAAAGUUGCUAAAAGAAGUUCAGCCAAUCCAUGUAGUAUGCCCAGAGCAGUAUACUCAGCCUCCAGCUUCCCAGUCUCAUCGAUCUGACCUGAUGAUAGACUGUCAGCCUCCCCCCAUGUCCUACCGCAGAGCAGAAGUGCUUACCUUGCCUUUUAAGAGACGUUAUGAGAAAAUCGAAAUUAUGCCAGAGCUUGCAGAGUCACUGGUGCCCUCAGAAAUUAAACCUGGCGUUUCCUUAGCAACGGUUUCAGCAGUUCUGUACACCAAAGAUAACAAACAUGUCCUUCAGCCUCCUCCAAAGGUUGUGCCGCCACCAGCCAGCAAGAAGAGGAAGAGAGCAACUGAGGAAACUCCAGAGAGCCAACCCUUCAAACCACUGCUCAGUGGCUCCAUCCCUGUGGAUCAGUUUGUACAGACACUAGAGAAGCAGGGAUUUAGUGAUGUGAAGAUCGAGGAUACCGCAAAGGGUCACAUUGUUCAUUUGCAAGAAGCAGAGACUCUUAUACAGUUUGAGGAAGAUUCCACCCAUAUAAUUUGUGAGCACGACGAGCGGCUGAGGGUCAGACUACGGGACCUGGUGCUCAAAUUUUUGCAGAAGUUUUAAUUUAUUUCAAGUCAAAGAUGAUAGUUAUUUUUUUGGCUGAAAUCCAAGGAGAUCAGACUCUUUCAAUAUCUCUUCAGCUGUAAUCUCUACCAGGAAUGUUGCCACUGGCGGUGGUUCAUAUUGGAUAAUCUCUGUGUUUUAGGCAUAUUUUGCUGCAUAAAGCAUCUGAUAUUGAAUCCUGUGAAAUAUUUAGACUGAAGAAACCAUGAAAGAAAUAUAAACUUGUGCUUUAAUUUCCAAAAAGGAAUGAGACCACUUACAGAAGGAUUUGAGAAAGCCAAGGAACCACAGCUCCAAAAAUGUUACUUCUUGCAUCUAACUUUUUGUUCUACAUACACCUAUGUAUACAUUUUAUCCCUGGUUUCUAAAAAAAAAUGUGUGUUCCCCUCUGCAUUUUGGCUCCUAAGCUUUAUAUAAAUAUCUAAACCCAAGAAUCACAUAACAUACAUUCCUCAUAGUGUAUGUGUUAGACGUACAUAUCAUUAAAGAGACUUGAAACCUAAGAUUUUUCAUUCAUGAUUCAGAUAGAGCAUUCAAUUUUAAACAACUUUCCUAUUUUUUAUCUGUUAUCAAAUUUACUUUAUUCUCUAGGUAUGCUUUGUUGAAGAAGAAGCAACGGACGUCUGGGAGCUAUCUGAACACCUCGGAUGAACCAAUGGCAUCAUGCAUAUAUGUGCAGCCACCAAUAAGCAGCUAGCUCGUAGCAGUAUAUUGUUACUCUUGUGCCUACCUAAUUAUUCUCUUGAACCAAAAACACCAAGAUAAUGAUGCAAAGUAGAUAACAGAAGUAAAUUGGAAAGUUGUUCAAAAACUGCAUGCUCUGUUGGAAUCAUGAAAGUUUAAUUUUGCCUUUUACAUAACCAUUUUGUACAAUAUUGCUACUGAUUUUGUAUGUAUUCACACCUUUACUGAAUUUUACUUUAGAGUAUUUAAGUAUUGUUGAAUCAUAAAAUAACUUUUUAAUA